AUGCUUACCAUUAUCAAUGCGAAUUCGUUUCGUAAAAGAGCGACUUUAUUUGGUCCAUGUCCUAACAUAAACGAUACGUUUUCUGUAAAAAUGGACCCCGAUCCACUUUUUUCUCCACAUCUCGUAACUUUUACCCUUAGCGGAGAAGAGACAUCUGGUCGAAAUAUCGACCCACUUUCCUCAGUUGUUGUUACAAUAGGUGCAGAAUUUCCAGUACAGCCUCCCAGUACAUUUCUUGCUUGUAAUUCAACUGAUUGUCCGCUUUUUUCUGGAGACCCGUAUACUACGUCAGGCACAUUUCUACUAAACGCUUCUUUACCUCCAUCAUAUCAAAUUAUAUUUACUAUUGGAAAUAUAAAUAGUAGUUCACCACAAAUAGAAUUUCAACAUGAUAUAACCCUCGCUUGUGCAAUGGCUACUGUCACGAGUUCCUAA